CAUGGUUGAUCCUUGCGGUCCUCUGCGACACUGUGAGCUAAAGAACCCACCUUGCCCCCACAAGAGACAGAGAGAGAACCAUCUCCCGCUUCCUCACGAAGCCCACCAUCUUCUUUAGAGCUCAAAAGAAGACGCCGCUUAGCUUUUAGUGAGCUUCUCCAACUUCCUCACACUCGCAGUUUCUUCUAAUGGAAUCCCAAGUCGCUCCCUUGGCCACUGCUCCUGCUGCCUUUCCCUCGCCCGGUUCGGCAUUGCCGCGCCCUUACGCAAAUGACCUCAAUCUCCAGUGAGCAUUGUCGCCAUACGAGCAGCCGAGAGGAGGGAGACAGAGAGGCGGAGGAGGCGGAGUUGGGUGCGAUGAAUUCCAAGGCGUGGGCGACAUCGCAGGACAUAAAAGCUUCCCCGAAGCCGAGGCGCAAUAAAGGAUUCAACAAGGAGAUGACUGAUAUGCAGGCGAAUCGAUCGACCGUCAUCGAGAGCGGCGGCCAUGGCAAAUGCCAAUCUAGACGGCAGAGGAAGAUUGCUCUGCAGCAAGAUGUUGAUAAGCUGAAGAAGAAGUUAAGGAAUGAAGAGAACAUUCACAGAGCUCUGGAGAGGGCUUUCACCAGGCCUCUGGGUGCUCUUCCUCGCCUCCCACCUUAUCUGCCUUCGCAUACACUGGAACUUUUGGCUGAAGUAGCUGUUUUGGAGGAAGAGGUGGUUCGUCUUGAAGAACAAGUAAUCACUUUUCGGCAAGGCCUCUACCGGGAAGCUAUAUACAUCUCAUCUUGCAAAAGAAGCAGGGAAUUGGGAUCUGAUGUUUGCUCCCUUUCUCAAAACUCAAAAACUUCAGAUUCAGCAUCUUCAGAAGAUCCGGUCAUCGCCGCCAAGCAGUCAGAUUCAUCAAAUGUAGACCGAAAUGGUAAACUUCCACCAAAGAAUGGAAAAGAGAAUCAGAUGAGCACAAAUUUUCGUAGCAAUGGUAAGCAAUCUCCUGUUAAGAGAGUUUCAAAGAUGAGACUAGUUGCGAAUGGAAACAAGCAAGCUGAUGCAAAGCCGCUAUUUGAUUCAAUGGAUUGUGAAAGAAUUGGAAAGAACUUCCUGAACUCUUCAAAUGAAGCAAAAUUGAAUGAGUAUAAUGAUCCAAAUGAAGCAAAUUUACCGGAAGCAAGAGGCCCAAAUAAACUAUCUGAAGACAUCUUGAAGUGCUUGAUUAGUAUCUUUUCGCGAAGUAGCUCUCCGGGGAAUAAGAAAGAGCUACCAGAGGCAUUUACAAUAUCAGCUUCUUGUAGUAAUUCAGAAGAAACAGACUGUCUAGAUCCAUAUGGUAUAUGCGAAGAAUUUGGGAAAAGGGACAUCGGUCCGUAUAAAUACUUCCGAACAGUUGAAGCAAGCUCAAAUUUUCCAAACCUCCUUACGGGUUGUUCAUUUCUUAGCUGGAGACUAAAACGUUUGCUGAGGGAACUUGCAUCAGUGGAUUUAACCGGUCUCGCACAUCAUCAGAAGAUCGCGUUUUGGAUUAACAUCUACAACGCUUGCAUGAUGAAUGCAUUUCUAGAGCAUGGCAUUCCAGUUAGUCCUGAAAUGAUUGUUGCUCUGAUGGUAAAGGCUAUGAUUAAUGUGGGUGGUCACUUGGUCAGUGCAAUGACAAUUGAACAUUUCAUAUUGAGGCUGCCUUAUCAGUCAAAACAUGUACCAUCCAAGGGGCCUAAAGGUGAUGGCAUCGCAAUGCACAGCGUCUUUGGCUUGGAAUGUCCUGAGCCCUUGGUUACUUAUGCACUUUCAUGUGGAAGUUGGUCAUCUCCUGCCGUAAGAGUGUACACAGGAGCUCAAGUAGAGAAAGAGUUGGAGAAGGCGAAAAGGGAUUAUUUACAAGCAGCCGUUGGUAUAUCCACACCAAACAAACUGGCAAUUCCUAAGCUUCUUGACUGGUAUCUAUGUGACUUCGCGAAAGAUGUCGAGUCAUUAAUGGAUUGGAUCUGCCUGCAAUUGCCAAAUGAGUUGAGGAGUGAAGCAGCAAAGUGCCUCGAAGUGGCUAGAAGAAGUCCGUUUCCGCAGCCGAUUCAAGUUCUUCCAUAUGAGUUCAGAUUCAGAUACAUCUUUGCCCCAUAAGUCUUCCUCAGCUCAUACAACAAUGCAGGAUCCCAAAAGCCUAGGUUUGUUCAUGUAAGUACAAUAAGAAUAGUGAAUUUGGUUCCAAUGAGCUUUUGUAUUUUGUGAUUUUUUUUUUCCCGGCGGGUCCUUAUUUCGGUUUCUCGAUGCAUGACCAUAUUGGGUGUGCAUAGAGGUUGGUUCAAAAAUGAUCAGUGAGUUUUAACUAUGUUCAUAAAGAAAGUGGUAGAGUUGCAAGUUGAGUUUGUACCUAUGGUUUCUCUUGCAAAGAAAAUGGCCUGUGUGCAAAACAUGUAUAGCUUUUGUUCUA